GUGGCGUGCGUUGCAGUGUAACAGUCCAGAAAAGCUACCGGAACGCAAGCAUAUUUUUUUCUUGAAUAUUUACAAAACGAUUCAAAUUGUAAUUUCAAAACUUUACGCGAAACUUAAAACACAUUUAAUAAGUUAAACUACAAUAAAAUCAAUUUGGAGAAAUGUCGUCUCUUAUGCCGAUGUUAUACUCCGAUUGGUGGGAAGCCCUUGAUCAUCCACACCAUAUAACAGGUCAGAACUUCGGUCACGCAAUUCGUCCCAAUGAUGUUUUAGUUCCACAUAUUCCGGAAAUCCCAUUGCCAAUGUCCCCUUAUCAUCAUGAUCUGCAAAAGUACAUCGCACCCAUUGGUGUUGAGAAAUUAAGGAGCACAAUGUACUUGAGACCCUGGGUGCAGCUUCACAAUAAAACAAAUGGAGUUUCUACUGUUAAGAAGGAUAAGGAUAAAUUCCAGGUAGUUCUGGAAAUUCAACAAUUCACUCCCGAGGAGGUAAGCGUAAAAGUCGUGGACAAAUUUGUCAUGGUCGAAGGUAAACAUGAAGACAAGCAGGACGAGCAUGGAUGGGUUGCCAGACAAUUCUCCAGAAAAUACCUUGUACCAGAACAGUGUGAUCUUGAACAGGUCAAGUCUAGUCUUUCAUCGGACGGGGUUCUGACAAUCACGGCCCCCAGGAAACACGAUCAAAAGCAUCGUCGCGAAAAAGAUGUCGAAAUUGAGAUAACAGAAAAACCUACGAAUUGCGUAGGAGGAGAAAAUUAACCAGAAAAGAUAUAAUAUUCAGUAAUAAUUUAAUUCGCUUCAAUUUUUGCUAAAGUUUCACAUUCCUUUGGUAUGCGUGACUCACCUUCCCGUUUGUAUUAGUUAUAGUUUUUAAAUUUUCGAACGUGACUUACUUCUUCAACAUUUCUCAAGUCUCUAAUCUCUACGUACUAUGUACUUAAAUGAUAUCCAAUAUAAUAUAAACUCGUGUAAAAGAA